AUGCUGCGAUUGUAUAACUCAUUCUGCAUCUCUGCAGUUCGGGCUAUCAACUCUACUUGGCUUCGCAGAUGUGAUGCGUCACAUUUUCUGACUAAUAAUGCUCGGUUUCUCAAUCAGUUCACACCAUAUCACACCAUUUUCUCGUCUUUACCUGAAAGUUACUUCAAACUAUUUUGGAAAACCCGACUUGCUCUCUAUUAUGUAUACACCAACAUCUCAUCACAUUACGACUGGUACUACAAAGCUGAUGAUGACACUUAUGUCGUCGUGGAGAAUCUCAGAGCAUAUCUGGCCACUCUUGAUCCCAACAAGCCAUACUAUAUAGGCUUCCGCGUGAAAAGAAGAAUGCCGAAGCAUGGAUAUAAUGCUGGCGGAAGUGGUUAUGCGAUGAGUCGAGCAGCAAUGAAAGUGUUCGCUGAGCAAUUGUUCCAUCGAAAAUCUCUCUGUCCGUAUCAUGAAUGGGAGGAUUUAGCUGUAGCCAGGUACAUCUACUGUUCAUUCCAUCGCCUUGCAACUUGUAAUUUCAACGGGACAGUGGAAUCCAGGAAAUCUAGACGUUAUUAG